AUGAAGGACAUGACAAGGCAAACAUUGAAAGUCACUGUCCGCCUUCCUGACCGAGAUCUUCGCUCGUCAGAGUCGAAGUGCAUUUCGCUGAUCGAAGAUGCAUCGACUGUGGUGCUCUCCAUCAUUCGCGACAGCCGCAUCCCACCCGACCAAGGGAAUCUGUUGUCAUUUCUACGCUGUGUAUCGAGUAGCUUGCAGGACGCAGGCGCGGUCGCCGUCGCCGAAGCACUUGAAGAGGCACUACGGCGAUGUAUUGCGGAACCCGAUUUUGGCGGCUAUGGGCUGAACGAACAAGAAACCUUGCGAACAUCCGAGGAAGCCGAUGUCUUUUUUCUGUGUGCUGCUUUCCUUGAGGCCCUGAAAAGUGCUGCAAGAGCGCGGUCGAGGCCGCAGUUGUUCUCCGAGAGACCCAAGGGAAGACGUGGAAUGACCAUGGCGGAGAAGAUUUUCGCGAUGCACGAUGUGUCUCGCCGGGGCUAUGUCAAGCCGGGAGACAUCAUCCAAGUCGAGGUCGACUGGGUCCUGGCGUCCGAGCUCUCCUGGCAGGGUAUGGAAGCAGUUUAUGAAUCGGUGGGGCGACCGGGUAUCUUCAGAAACGAUCGAUUUUGGCUCGCGGGUGACCAUCGAGUAGAGCCGGCCUUAUACGAUCAACCGAAGGUGAAAAAGCUCAUGGACACCAGUCUUAGGGCCAAGCAGGAUUUCAAAAUGACCGAGUUCCAGGGUUUCAAUUACACGAUCAUGCACACCGAAUUCGUUCGUGAGCGGGCACAACCUGGAAUGCUGUGUAUAGGAGCCGACUCGCACUCCUGCUCGGCUGGGGCCGUGAGCUGUCUAUCUAUCGGCAUGGGCGCCACGGAUGUCUGUAUGCCUUUGGUGACUGGACAGACCUGGUUCUCCGUGCCAAAGACGGUCAAUCUCCGUUUGACCAACCAGCCACCGCCAGGGGUUGGCGGAAAGGAUACGAUCCUGUACAUCUUGAAAGAGUACAAGAGAAACACGAUCGCUGCCGAUUGCGUCGUCGAAUUUACAGGCCCUGGCCUGCAGCACUUGUCGUGCGAUGCUAGAUUUGCAAUUGCCAACAUGUGCACGGAGUUCGGUGCCGUAACUGGCAUCUUCGAAGCAGACGAGCGGACCAUGGACUUUGUAGGUCGACGGCGUAUCAAGAAACACAAAAGCGACUCAGUGUACUUCAAGGCAGAUUCGGACGCCGCAUAUGCCGACACCUUUGAGGUCGACCUGUCAAAGGUCGAGUCCCUUGUCGCUGUCUAUCCUUCUCCAGACCACGUGGUGCCAGUCAGUGAAGUUGCGGGGACUCGAUUGGAUGGCACUUUCAUCGGAGCUUGCACCACGGCCGAGGAGGACUUGGUCAUGGGCGCUUUGAUAUUGAAAGCGGGCCUCGAAUGCGGACAAAAGCCUUGCGACCACGGCCGACGGCUGGUGGUGCCUGGAUCUAAACCCAUCCGACACAAGCUGGAAAAGCUCGGUCUGCUCGACAUCUACAGACGAGCUGGCUUCAGGGUCGGCGUCCCAGGCUGCAGCAUGUGUGUUGGCCAAGGGGUUGACCAGGCUGCGCCGGGAGAGGUGUGGAUGUCAUCACAAAACCGCAAUUUUCCAAACAGAAUGGGGCCCGGCUCAUUCGCAAAUCUCGGAUCGGCGAGCACAGUUGCCGCCUCGUCCUUCUCCAUGACCAUCUGCGAUCCCAAGGCCCUUCUGGAGGCCAUCGACCCGGCAUAUCUGCAGGAAUGCCUUGGCUACCAGCCGUUCACUAUGACCGAUGGGCCCCUAAGCAAGCAUCAACGCUUGUCCUAUGCGGAGCCGUACGGGGCUGACGGUGAAGAGCAAGUCGAAGGCCAGAAGCAAUCCGAUCCAGAAGCGGACGGCCCGAGCAAUGCAGGUACUGGUCAGCGACAGUCAGCAGCAAACGUGAUCAAUGGCAAAGUGCUGGUUUUGGGUGAUUUCGUAGACACGGAUGCGAUCAUCCCCUCCAAGUUCCUUGCAGGCAACACCACGAAUGAAUCCCUCGGAGAACAUUGCAUGGAGUUCUUCAUGCCCGAAUUCAGGCGAAUGGUCAAGGACGGAUUCAAUGUCGUCGUCGGAGGCGAAGGGUUCGGUUGUGGCUCGUCACGAGACGUCGCGGUCAACGCCCUACUCGGCGCCGGUGUCCAAUGUGUCAUCGCAAAGUCGUUCGCUUUCAUUUACGCCCGCAACCAGCCCAACAUUGGCCUAUUGGGGAUCACCAUCGCGGAAGAAGAAUUUCAUCGUCUAGCCACGCAGGGUGAAGAGAUCAGUAUCGACUUGAACAGCGGUCAGGUCCGGUGUGGAAGCAGGGCUUUUGGUUUCCAGCUCAGUGACAUGGAGAAGUCACUCAUUGCAGCUGGCGGCUUGACGGAAGCGUUCAAGAAAUUUGGUACUCAUGUCUUCGAUGCACUGUGUCAGCAUAAGGAGUCGGCGAGACGGGCACAGCAGAAGGGAAUUGAUAUCGAAAGUAUCGGUCACUGA